CAUGGAGAAGUUUGGCGUGAACUUUGGGGGUGGCCCCAGCAAGAAAGACCUCCUGGAGACGGUGGAGGCGCAAAGGAAGCAGCUGGCCCAGUACCAGGCACGGCUGAAGGACGUGGUGCGGGCCUACAAGAGCCUCCUCGCCGAGAAGGAAGCCCUGGAGGCCAGCCUGAAAGUCCUCUCGGUCUCCCAGCAGGUGGAUGCGAGCCAGAGUGGGGCCUAUUCUCCUCCUCGGGGGCUGGCUGGCUCCAGCCCGGACCCCAGUGACGACCGGACGUCUGUGCACAGCGAGGAUAGCGCUGGGACGGCGGCCAGCCUGGCCAGCGCCAAGGGAGACCUCCUGGGCCCGGAGGAGGAGGAGAGGGCCGCUGGCCCGGCCUCUCCCCCCCCCAAAACGGAGGAGACCGGCAGCUCGGAGAGCGGCGUCAGUUCUGGCGGCGGCAGCAGCGGGGAGGCCGGGGAGGCAGACCACCGCCGGGUCCUCCAGCUGAAGACGCAGCUGGCCACCGUCACGAGCGCCCUGGCCACCGUCGCCCAGGAGAAGUCCCGCAUGGAGGCGUCCUACCUGGCCGACAAGAAGAAGAUGAAGCAGGAGCUGGAGGAGCUGGGCCGGAAGGGCCGCGAGGAGCGCAGCUGCCUGGAGAGUGAGCUGAGGGGGGCCCAGGAGCAGCUGGCGGAGACCAAGGCCCGCCUGAUCACGCAGCAGCACGACCGGGCCCAGGAGCAGAGCGACCACGCCGUCAUGCUGCGGGAGCUGCAGAGGUUGCUGCAGAGCGAGAGGGCCCAGCGGCAGGAGGCCGAGCUCAGCCUGGAGGAGGCCAGGGAGGCGCUGGCCGGGAAGGCGGGGGUGGCCGACCAGGCGGAAGGCCACGAGCGCCAAGCCAGGCAGCUGGCCCAGGAAGUGGAGGACCUGAGGAGGGCCCUGCGGGCCGCCCAAGAGGAGAGCAGCCGCCCCGACCCCCAGCGGCAGGAGCUGCAGGCCGAGAUGUCUGCCCUCAAGAGCCACUUCCAAGCCCAGCUGCUGCAGGAGAUGAGAAAGACCGCUCAGGCAGAGGAGCGGGUCCAAAUGGAAGAGCCCGGCCUGGAGGUCCAGAUGUCCGAGGUGUCUGAGCUCCUGGGCACCUACGAAAAGGCCAAGCAGAAGGACCAGGUGGUCAUCCAGAAGCUGAAGGACCGCAUUGCCCAGCUGGACCUUGAGAACAAGACGCUGGCCAUGGCCGCCUCCGGCUGCUCCCCCCUGGAGGAUCUCCCCGCCGAGGAGGGCAACCUGGAUAUCAACGUCCUCCGAGAGAAGAUGGAGAAGCUGCGGCAGCUGGCGCAGGCGGCGGCCCAGCGCGGCCAGUGCCCUCCCCUGGCCCUGGAGGCCUUCUGCCUGCCAGAGCUGCCCCAAGGCAUGGAGGCCAGAGACGGAGAGAAGGCCUCCGCCGCCUCCUUCCAGCAGGAGCUGAAGCAGCUGAAGGAGGAGUUUGAGCGGUACAAGCUGAGGGCCCAGGUGGUCCUGAAGAACAAGUCGGCCAAGGACGGGAGCCUGGCCCGGGAGCUGGCGGAGGCGCAGGGGCGGCUGGCGGAGCUGCGGGAGAAGCACGUCUCCCUGCGGCUCUCCUGCGAGGAGGUGGAGAGGCGGCACCGGGAGGAGCUGGCGGCCCAGAAGCAGGCGCUCUCCCGCCUCCAGCAGCUCCACCGGCAAGAGCUGGAGAGGGCCCAGGCGGCCUGCCGGGAGAAGGUCCUCCGGGUGGAGGAGGAGAUGCACAAGCAGCGGGACCGAGCGCUGGCCGUGCUGGCGGAGAAGGACCAGGAGCUGGAGCAGCUGAGGACCACCGUGGCCCUGCCCCCCGGCCGCCAGGGAGCCCAGAAGGCCCUCGGGCCCGGCCCCCCGGCCAGCAGCCGCAGCGGCAGCAGCCAGGACCCACCGGGGGCCGAGGAGUCCUUGGAGACCCUCACCCAGGCCCUGCGCCUGACAGCCCCCGGCGGGGAGCCCGGCUUCGUCCUGUACACGGAGCAGCUGGCGCGGAAGGAAGUGGAGGUGGCGGCCCUGAAGCGGGAGAAGCACCGGCUGGAGGCGGAGGUCCACCACCUGCGGGAGCGGCUGCUGGAGGAAGGGGAGAGGCACCGGGAGGAGGAGGCCGCUCUCCAGGGCCGCCUCCAGAAGAGCUCCAGGGACCAGGGCAGGGAAGGGGCCAACCUGGAGUACCUCAAGAACAUCUUCUACCGCUUCCUGACCUUGACGGACUGGCUGGGUCGGCAGCAGACCCUGACGGCCAUCCUCACCAUCCUCCACUUCAGCCCGGAGGAGAGGCAGGCGGUCCUUAGGCACGCGGCCACGGGCGGCCACGGCUGGUGGCUCUCGGGGAAGAGAUGAGGCUCUGCUUCGUGGACCGCUGCUGAGGGGACAGGGGUCACUUUCCCUGUGCCAGGCGGUGGGGCGGAGGGAGGUCCUGGGACCAUCCAACGGCAGCUCUGCUUCCCGGUUAACGGCAGCCUCCGGGCUCCUCUGCCCUGAGGGUGACCCGGAGGGCUUGUUUUCCUACAAGGGGCCUCUGCUCAGGAGCAGGGAAGUUCUUCCCAAGGACUUUUCAUUUCUUGCUUUGAAUUUGAGAAGGGUCCGGGGGGGGAGGGCCCUCUAUGAGCCCCGAUGGUAUUUCUCCCUGUUUGCUGCGUUUCGCAAAUAAAAAGAGCAUCAGCCGCCCACCACCGGGCCAAGUCCGUGGUGCCCCCUGGAAACGUUCCAGCCCUCCUGGGCCGCUGGGCGGGGGACUCCAGUGGCUCAGGCCGGGCAAGGAGGGCAGCCGCCUCGGCCGGGGCACUCCUGUGUGUGUGUGUGUGGGGGGGUGCGUGUGUGGGGGGGGUGGCACACCUGGGCAGGUGCAAGAGGGCCGUGGCCAAGGCGAGCAGACUCUGGCUCCAGCCGCGAGAGCUUGGCUGCGGGGCCCCCGCCUGCUCCCCACCCCUCACAGAAGACCCUGAGAGCCGGGGCCAGGC